AUGGAUAGAGGUGAUUUAUUUUUAAAAUUAUUUGGAAAUAAAGUUAUUAGAAACAAUAUUUUAAGGUUUAUACAUAUUGAAGGCUAUGCAGGGUAUUAUGGUUCAACAUCAUUGUCAUCAUUACUUUCAAAUGAAAAAUAUUCAAUGAUAUUAGAUAAAUUAAGAUCAAAUCAUUUAUUAAUAAUUGAUUAUUAUUCAUUUAAUUUAUUAGAAGCCAAUUACAGUUUAAAAUAUAAAUUAUGUGAUACAGUGAUGAUUGAAGAAAUUUAUCAAUUGAUAUGGAAAAACUAUAAACACGUAAUAUCAAAUACAGAUAUCAAAGUUUGGGUUCAACACAUUUUGGAAUUUACACACUCAAAUUACAUCGACUAUAACAUCACUAAUUUUAGUAAUAACAAUAGCACCAUGGGAGAUAAAAAAACAUUAACAAUAUCCAAUAUAAUAAAUCCAUCAUAUAAACUAUUUGAUUUAUUAGAGAUUUCACUCCAUCAAUUAGAAUAUUCUCCUAAAAUAUCAAUAUCAAUAAUUAAAACAAUUGAACAAAUUAAAUAUAAUAAUAAUAAAAAUAAAAAAAAUAUAGAUAAAAAUCAAGAAUUUGUUAAUAAAAAACAAAAAGUAAAUGAAAUAGAUAUUCAAAUCAAUGAAAAUAUACAGGAUAAAAUUAAAGAGUUAAUAUAUAGUAAUAAUAGUAAUAACAUUCCAAUAACAGUACCAUUCAGCUUCAAGUUAUUUGAUUACCAUGAAAAAGACAUUCCAUUCGAUGCUUCAAACCAUGAAAAUGCAAAGUUAUAUUUCAAUUAUCUAUUUAACACCAAAGAACUAGAUGACUCGGUUUGGUUUGAAAUUUUUAAAGUAACCAUUUCCAUCUACAACCACCAACUUUUAGCAUGGCUUUUAGAAAACUAUUCAAUCUUUAAAGAAAAAUAUAUCUAUUACAUCUCAAACUAUUUUAAAAGAAUGUUUAAGUACCAUUUUAAAAAAGAUGGGUCACCAAAACAAUUCAAUUUCAAUAAAAUAUAUUUACUGGGCCAACAUUUGAAGGAAAUUCCAUUGGAGAAAGAAGAAGAUGUUCAAGAGGCAAUAGAGAAAAAAAUUUCGAAAAAAAAGUUAAAUAAUAUUUAUUUGUUAGAUUUCAAUUUGCUUUUAAAUAAUUUAUCAAAUAAAGGUUUCACAGAAUAUAAUGAAAAUGAAAUUACCUUUGAAAUUUUUAUUAGAAACAUGCUUCUACAGCUACAGCAAAUCAAACUGGAUCCCUUGCUUGAAAUAGUAGAAAAAAUGGAUCAGAGUAUUCUUGAUAGAAUAUACAAUCAAAGUGAAAACCCAUUCAAGUUUCUUUCAAAUAAAUCAAAUAUUUUAAUUUAUAUAUUUUUAAAAUCAGCAGUAUCUAAAGACUAUAAAUCAAUAAUUAAAAUAUUAAACUUAAUUAACAAUAACUAUAUAAAUGGCAUAAAUGAACAAUCACUAUCAACAAUCAAAGAUCCAAUGGAAAUUAUAACCUAUUUAUCAGAUAAUAAUCUAUUAAAACCAUUCUCAAACAAAUGCUUAAUAGAACUAAUAAUAGAAGAAUUACCAAACUUCAUAAAUCAAGAAUUCAUAUUAAAUCUAGUAGACCCGGACAAUGACCAGGUUAGCAAUUAUAAAGAAUAUUUCAAGGAUCUAAAUGAUAAACUAUAUGAAACCCCCUUCCAUACUUAUAAAUUUUUGAAAACAGAUAAUAUUGCUCUUGAUUUUUUAGGUAGAGGUUUAUAUGAGUCAGUACUAAGACUAAUAGAGAGCCGUACAACUCAAAUUAGCCGGAAAACCUUUGAAGCUUUUAAAUGGGACAUUUGUAAACAAAUCCCAAUGAGGUGGUUUGAAAAACUAUAUGAACCAAUGCUAAAGCAUACUAUCAUCGGUACUUACACUAUUAUAGAUAUGUGCUCAACUAGAUUCGAUAUUACUGAAUUCUAUUGGUCCAAUUGUUUUACAGAAAGAGAUAAAAGAUUAUUCUUGGAAACCCUACUACAGAAAUUUUCAUUUCAAGAGUAUCACCCAUUAAUUCAAUAUAUUUUAAAAGAAAAAAAGCAAUAUAUCAUUUCAUUAAAUCAUAGCGAAGAAUACAAAUAUAAUAUUUUAAACCUUGCAUUCACCACAAAAAAUACCCUAUUAUUUAAACUCACUCAUUCUGCAUUCCCAUCAACUACUUUUAAAAUAAAUAAAGAAAUGCUCCUAGAACUAAUAAAGUAUAGAGAAUCAUUCACCAAUUUAGCAGAUUUAGAAAUGUUGGAAUUCUUUUUCGAAUAUAACUUAAUACCAAAUCUAAGAGGGAUUUUAGGUGAAGAUAUAAACAAUCUCAUUAUUAUAGACUACUUUAGAAGUUUAAAAAACAAAACUCUAGAAAAAUGCUCAAUCAUUGUUUCAAAAUCAACAUUUAUUUUAAUUCAUACUAUUAUUAAACAUCAAGAAAAUAAAUAA